AAUAAAUUGAAUCUGGUAUCACACCCGUUCUCUUGGAGAACCGAGGUAGUUAGAGGACCAAAAAAAAAAAGAUAUAAAAAAAUGUUCAUAUGGGUGGGGAUAGAUUUGGGCCCAAGAAGAAUAUAUAAAUCGUGGAACAAGAUUAAAUUCUGGUUAGUCAGGAUAGGAGAUCCAAUUGUAGCAGGAAAUUGGUGUUUUCAUUAUCCAUUCAAGUUGUUUUGAAUAUAAGAUAAAAGAUAACAAUAGGUUGUUGUUAUUGUUGGUGCUAUCAUUGCUAUCAAUUUUUCAAUUUAUAAUUUGAGACAUGCUUAUUCUGUUAUUUUUGUUGGGGGUCGGUGAAGCUGCAAGUAUUCCAGCUGAAUCAUCACAUAGAGAAAUACAAUCAAAAAAAUUCAAAGAUUUGCAAGUUGAAUCUUCUAACUAUGUUCAGACAAUAGUUCCACAUUCCAAGUAUCUUGUUUAUAAUCUUUUACAGGUGGACUCUGAUAAACAAUUACCAGUACUAACUUUUCCUUAUGGAAGUCCAGGUAGCUCAUAUGUUACGUCUUCAUUCAAUUAUUAUGGUGCUCCACUUUUCGAUUACGAGAUUCAAUUAAGACCGGUCUAUCCAAGCGUGAAUGUGCAACCAUUUAUUCCAAAUUAUAUUCCACAACAGCCAGCCUCGACAACUACUCAAAAACCAUUGCCAUUCGAUGAGGAUAAAAUCGAAAAACUAGAUGAAAAACUUGAUCCUAGUUUGGAGAUGAAUUUAAAACACGAUGAACCAUUGCAGGAAGAUGAUACUGUUGUGGUAGAAUCUAUUUAAAGCCAUCCAUAAGAAAAUUGAUGUUUUUUUUUCAAAUAUCAAAUUUAUAAUACUUCUACGCAGUUAGUGUCAUUCUUUCUUAUUAGAUAAAAUUAAUGGAUUAAUGUAUGUAAAUAAGUACACUGGUUAACAAUUGUAUUGAUAAUUGAUUAGUGAGGUCAAUAAGUCAACCCCCAGUUUGUGAUUGAAAAUCAAUAUUAAUAAAUAUCAAGACUGUUUGUCAUUAAUUUUUUACUAUAUAA